AUGAGGUUCCAGGGUCAGCCCGUCCUAAAUGCAUUGCUUUUCAGUAGCCUCACUCUGGCUGCACCUCCAACGAGGAAAGCAAAUCCUCCCGACAUUGCGUCUCUAGGCACUAUCCACGUCUUGCAUUACAACAACCUCGGCCCAGAGAACAAUGGUUCCACUGCAGUUCUCAUGCAUGACCGGCUAAGCCACAAAGAUGCGACUGUAAAAUGCGCUGCUAUCGGCGAACGACUUCUGUCAUGGUCCCCCAAGGCUACUGCCAAUCGGUCCGAACUUCAACAUGAACUGGAUUAUCUCGUGUUCGCCAAGGAGUUGCAAGCCAACGACUCUAUUUGGGUAUCGACUGAGUCGAGUCAUAGCAAAGAUUGCCAUUCGUUCUCGCCGUCGCGCAAGGGUCUUGUCCACGCUUCGUGCAACUCUAAGCUCCCAGUCCUGUGCACAUCGAGCCCACCCCCGACCACUGACAGGGACCGAAAGCCGCGAGGCUCAACCAAGCUCAUGGUGCAGUCUAGCGGCUACACCUUGACAGGAUAUCGCGAUGCACGCUCGUUCCGUUUCAUGGGAAUCCCUUUCGCCAACCCACCCAUCAAUGAGCUGCGGUUCGCGCCGCCACAGGCGUAUUCAGGACCUAAAGUCAUCGAUGCGACGAGCAUGGGAGAUUCGUGCAUCCAGUCCCUUUCAAGCUUCGGGACCUUGGACAACGGUGGCAUCUCCGAGGACUGUCUCUACUUGAACGUUUACACCCCCAUCCUCCCAUCCUGGACUAACACAAACACCACCCGUCGCCCCGUCGCCGUCUAUUUGUAUGGUGGAGCAUUCCUCGAGGGCAGCGCCGCCAUGGUAGACUACGAUGGAGGCAACUUUGCCAGCCGCAGUGAUGUGGUGAUUGUGACGCUCAACUACCGCGUCGGCGCCUUGGGAUACCUGUCAACGGGCAAUCUCACAACAGGAAGCUACGGCACCCGCGACCAGAUAAUGGCCUUGCACUGGGUCCAGAAGCACAUCGCAGCCUUUGGUGGCGAUCCCUCCCAUGUCACAGUGUUCGGCCAAUCCGCCGGCGGCCAAAGCACAGUGGCGCUACUGUCAUCCACAGCAGCCAAGGGCCUCUUUUCUGGUGCGCUCGUCCAGUCUGCGCCUCUCGAUUUGCCGUGGUUCCCGCGCGGUUUGUAUUCAAAAUACAUUGCACCAGAAGUGGGCAAGGCUGUUGGAUGUGACAAACACAGCUCGGAGAAGGAAUUGCUAAAGUGCCUUCGGUCUGCGCCUGCUCACAAAUAUCUCGACAACUCGACCGACUUCAAAACCGCUACGUCUAACAUCGCCUCCAAUAUCGCGCACCACUACUAUCACAACACCAAGCUUCUCUCUGCGACAGAGCCACUAAUGCCGAUGGUCGACGACUCUGACUCCGGCGUCAUCGACGACCAAUUCCACACGCUUCUUGAACAUAAUAAGCUCCCGAUUCACGUCCCAACCAUGUUCACCACCAUGCGCGACGAAGCGGGCCUGUAUAUUGGCAAACAAAUCCCGGACCUCGGAUCCUCACAAAUCGCUCUCGAUACAGUAUUUGAAACUAGCUUCGGCUCCAAGCUAGCAGGCCACAUGAUUGCCUCAAAAGCAUUCGCCGUCAACCAUUCCGACCCCGACGGCGUGCGCAACGCCGCCGCCGACGCCGUGACCCAUGCCGAAUGGACCUGUGCCCAGGGGUAUCUCCUCAACCACUCUGGCACUGCGUUCCCAUCCGUGUACGAGGCCGUGAUCAGCAACGGCCACAUCCAGACUACAGUGGACGUGCCGGCCAUCUGCUCCCCGAACAACGACUACAACGCCUCUUGCCACGCCUCGGACGUACUCCUAGCCUGGGGCACGCUCAACGCCAAAACCAAGAACGUGGCUCCGUAUUAUGGGCCCGGUGAUAUCCGGCAUGCACAGAUUCUCCAUGAUGUGUUCGCUUCGUUCUUUCGAUCUCGAACCCCGAACCCCGAUCCGGAGUAUCUGCGCGUUCGCGGCCCGGCGUAUGCUUCGACUCUUGCCGUCUUUGGUACGUCGGAUCAAUUGCAAGCGCGCGGCAGUAGUUCUGCCCAACAUGAGUACACUAUCGAGCCAUAUCAUGCGUCGGAUCGGAACAUUUCGCUCUUGGGGAUGCCUCCUUCGCGCACUACGAAUUUUGCUGAUUCGGGGAAAUGUGCUGUCUUUCGUGACUACGGGUUUACGUUCCAGCGGGCUCAUUUGAGUGAUUAA